GCCUCCGCCAGUUUCUCCAAUUCAGUGACAACUGCCAUCCCCCCUUGGCACAGAUCUGUAAUAAGUCUGGGUUACAUGUGGCUCGUAAUGGCCUUUAUUUAUAAAGGCCCGCCCCCCAGCAUCCGCCUGCCAAGAUGUAGCUUCCCCAGUUCCCCAGUUCCCUAGUUCCCCAGUCUGCACAAAAAUCGCCCUUUCCCUCAGAUACCGCAGUGGUUACAGAUCCGUACAGCUCCAGUCAAUUCUACGCCUGCCUCUGAAGGAACUUGAAGAUGGCCUCCGUCGACAUCAAGCCGCGGUUGCUCAUCAACGGCCAGCUCGUUGAGGCAUCCGACAAGAAGACGUUCCCCAUCUACAAUCCAGCAACUCGCGAGAAGGUCGCGGAUGUCCCCGAGGCCACAGAGGACGACGUGAAUGCCGCCGUGGCGGCAGCGAAGGCGGCGUUCCCGGCAUGGUCCAGUCUGGACCCCGCCGCGCGGGGCCAGCACCUGAAGAACCUGGCCGCGCUCCUCCACAAGCACAGCGACGAGCUCGCCCGCCUCGAGGCCGUGUCCAUGGGCCGGCCGAUCAACCAGUACAUCGACGCGCACGCCGCCGCGGGGACCUUUGAGCACUACGCCGAGGCCUGGGCCACGAUCCAGGGCCACGCCAGCGUCAACACGCCCGGCUACGUGGCCAUGACGCUGCGCCAGCCCUACGGCGUCGUGGGCGCCAUCAUCCCCUGGAACGUGCCGCUGCUCUUCCUGGGCAACAAGGCCGCGCCCGCCCUGAUCGCCGGCAACACGGUUGUGCUCAAGUCCAGCGAGAAGGCGCCCCUCGCGGCCGCCAGGACCGCCGAGCUGAUCGCCGAGGCCGGCUUCCCGCCGGGCGUCUUCAACGUCCUGUCGGGCCACGGCAUGCCCUCGGGCGCGGCCCUGUCGCGGCACAUGGACGUGCGCGCCAUCAGCUUCACGGGCUCGUGCCGCACGGGUCGGCUGAUCCAGGAGGCGGCGGCCAAGUCGAACCUCAAGAAGGUGAUCCUCGAGCUGGGCGGCAAGUCGCCGGCCGUCAUCUUCGAGGACGCCGACAUCGAGCGGGCGGUGCGCGAGACGGCGCACAGCAUCCAGUGGAACAGCGGGCAGGUGUGCAUGGCCAACUCGCGCAUCUACGUGCAGAAGAGCGUGGCCGGGCGGUACGUCGAGGCCUUCAAGAAGGCCUUCUCGUCGGUGACGGCCGGCGACCCGACGCGCGGCGACGUCGACCACGGCCCGCAGGCCGACGAGGUGCAGUACAACAACGUCAUGGGGUACAUUGAGGAGGGCAAGAAGUCGGGCAAGCUCGAGCUCGGCGGCAAGGGAAACCUCGAGAGCACCAACGGCUACUUCGUCGAGCCGACCGUGUUCCUCGACACGCCCGAGGACGCGCGCGUCAUGAAGGAGGAGAUCUUCGGCCCCGUCGCCAACAUCAACACGUUCGAGACCGAGGAGGAGGCCAUCCGGUGGGCCAACGACACCGAGUUCGGCCUGUACGCCUCCGUCUACACCAAGAGCAUCGACCGCGCCAUGCGCGUCGCCAAGGCCCUCGAGAGCGGCUACGUCGGCGUCAACUGCACGAGCCCCUCCACAGCGAGGGACAUGCCGUUCGGCGGGUACAAGUCGUCCGGCCAGGGGCGGGAGGGCUGGCUGCACAGCUUGGACAACUUCCUCGAGACCAAGACUGUCCUCAUCCGGGUCGACGAUUUGUGAAAUCUCAAAACUGUUUUUUGUCCCCCGAUAGUGUGGUAGAGAUUGUAGAUGAGCCGAGUGUCAGAAUUGUUCUCUUUCCCGACUAAGUCUUGCAGAUGGUGUGCACUAAUUCAAAAUGUAUGUGGUACUAAAA